CUUUAUGCAGCGGGAUUCAAUGCUCAUGGACAACUGGAUUCAACAACGACUGAAGAUGUCAAAACGUUUCAACCCAUUGCCGGAACUGGCAGCGCGCAGUCGAGAGUUCUUUUCGCUGGGUGGAGUACGACUGUCAUUGUUGUGGGAGAUCGAAUUCGUAGCGUCGGACAUCAGAAAAUAGACCACAAGUUGGAUUUGGAUGCGGAUGCGGGCGUAUUAAAGUCUGCCAUUGGAGAUCACGAUGGUAUGCUCGGGUGCCUUGAUGAGAAAGGAAGACUCUAUGUCGUUGAAGAACAAAGGCUAGUAUGCAAAUCUAUGGAUGCAUCCCCACGAAUUGGCUAUCUUGCACAGGCAUGCAAUAAUCGCAUUGCCAUGACAGCUAUGCAGACUCCAGAAGGGCAAGUCUGCCAUCUUACAGAGUUCGACACCUUUGAGAAGUUUCUUCACUGGUAUGAGGAUCCGAGUGGAGAAUCCAACUAUCCCGCGAGUCACCAUAUGCUUCCUGGACGUCCAAAGUCUCUCCAGGCGAACGUCGCGAAUUUCCUUCUACUCAUGGAACGCGGAGAUGUCUGGACUUGGGGCGAUUCUCGAUAUCAGUCACUGGGGCGCGACGUCGCUGGUGACGGGGCGGUGCCUGCACAUCGCCCGGGAGCAGUCGAAGCGCUAGGAGGCAUUUCGAUCAAGUUGAUCGCUGCUGGAGGCUGGCAGGCUGCUGCUCUCUCAGAAGACGGUGCUCUUUACAUUUGGGGAGCACAGACCCCUGGGAGUGAGCAUUGCAUCAAGGCUCUGAUCCCCAGUGAAGUGAGCCUCGUGACCAUCCCAGGCAACGCAGAUGACGAGCCUCUUGAUAUCCUGGAUGUCGGCAUUGGGAGCGGUCACAUAGCAGUUCUAACAGAAGGCAAUGCACUGUAUGUGGCAGGCCAAAACAACAACGGUCAGUUAGGUAUUGGCCGAGAAGAUGCCUUUGUCCAUGAGUGGCAG